AUGGCCGACAUAAUCCUCACCCCCAUUGUGGAACUGAUCAUUGGGACCUUGGGUUCCGCAGCUGUUGAUGAGAUCAAAUCUGUGUAUGGCGCAAAAGAUGAGCUCUGCAAACUUGAGAGCCCCCUCUCAACCAUUAGAUCCGUCCUUGUUGACGCGGAGAAGCGGCAGAUCCGUGAAGAGCAGGUCAGAGAUUGGCUGGAAAAGCUUGAGGCCGUGUUGGACGAUGCUGAUGAUUUGGUGGAUGGAGUUGCCGCUGAAGGUUUGCGACAAAAGGUGAUGUCUGGAAAGAAAAUAAGCAAGAAGGUACGCACUUUCUUUUCGUCCAACAACCAACUUGUUUUCCGGCACAAGAUGGCCAGAAGAAUUAAAGAUAUUAGGGAGAGAUUGUCUGAGAUUGCAGCUGAGAGAAGAGUCUUGUAUUUAGUUGAGCGUCACGAACCUGCGACAAGAGUGAGGGACGAGAGUCACUCAUUUGUAGUCGAGAAAAAUGUUGUUGGGAGAGAUAAAGAUAGAAAGGCAAUCAUAGAACUCUUGUUGGGUCCACAGAAUGGGACUCGUCAAGAGAAAGAUGUGCAUGUCAUUCCCAUAGUUGGGAUGGGAGGACUUGGAAAGACUACACUAGCUCAACUUGUUUUUAACGAUGAGAGGGUCCAACAACAUUUUGAGCUGAAAGUUUGGGUGUGUGUGUCUAACGAUUUUAACGUAAAAGUACUUUGCGAAAAGAUUACUAAAAUCGUAACAAAUGAAAACAUAGGAAACCUUGAGAUGGAACAAUUACAAAGAAUGCUUAGAGAGAAGUUAAAUGGAAAACGGUUGGUUCUCGUACUAGAUGAUGUCUGGAGUGAGGAUGCCCGAAAAUGGAGAGAGUUAAAAGAGUUGUUAACGGCAAGUUGUUCAAAGGGGAGUAGGAUAAUUGUAACCACCCGUCUUCAUACAGUUGCAAAUGUUAUGGGCACCAUGCAGCCCCAGGAUUUGGGGAUUCUAGAUUCGGAAGACUCUUGGAAUCUCUUUAAGAAAAUGGCUGAUGACGAGGGAAAAGAGCUAACUAACGCCACCCUUGUGGAUACUGCAAAAGGAAUUUUGGCAAAGUGUGCAGGACUCCCACUUGCUAUAAGUAUGAUAGGAAGUACGCUAUUGUGCUCUAGAAAUCCAGAAACGGAUUGGCCAUCUUUCCUUGAAAAUGACCUUUCGAUCAUAACUCGAGAAGAAGAUGGAGUGUUAUCAACACUAAAGUUGAGUUAUGAUUAUCUUCCAUCACAUUUGAAACCAUGCUUUGCUUAUUGUAGAUUAUUUCCUAAAGAUCAUGACUUUGAUGUCCAAACACUUGUAAUUCUUUGGGUAGCACAAGGGUUUAUUAAGCCAAGUCGAAGCCAAAAUCUGGAGGAAAUAGGUUAUCAAUAUUUUAGGGAUUUACUUUCUAGAUCCUUCUUUCAAGAAGCUAAAAAAGAUGAACUGAACAUGGUAACAACAUGCAAAAUGCAUGACCUAGUUCAUGAUCUUUCGAAAAAAGUCGCAGGAGAGAAAUAUGCGACGAUAGCCUCUAUUGAAGAUCCUAGGAAAGUUCAUCAUGUUUCCUUUGAUUUUGAAUCACGUUGGCGACUAGAGGUACCAAGUUCGUUGCUUCAAGCACAAAGGCUUCGUUCAUUUCUUUUCCCAUCAGAUGUCAUUGACGUUGCAUGGGGAUUAACAACAUGGGAUGAAAUUAUUUCAAAUCUUAAAUUUCUACGCGUGUUACAUAUGCAUCGUGCAUGGAUUCAAAUUGUACCACAUUCAAUUGGAAAGUUGAAGCACUUGAGGUAUCUUGAUCUUUCCUACAAUUCUGAGAUAGAAACCUUACCUGCUUCUAUUACCAAGCUAGUCAAUUUGCAAACCUUGAAACUAAACCAAUGUUGGAGCCUCCGUGAACUACCAAGUGAGAUUAAUAAACUAGUCAAUCUCAGGCAUCUUGAGCUUCAGAAUUGUUGGACGAUAACUCAUAUGCCAAGAGGACUGACCCAAUUGACUAAUCUUCAAACAUUAUCCCUAGUGGUAUUAAGUGAGAAGAUCCCCGAUUCUAUGACGUUGAGCAAACAUAGUAAGCUAGAUGAACUAAUGGGACUCAACAACCUAAAAGGAGAUUUGAAGAUUAAAGGGAUAAGAAGAGGGAUGGAAACCGCAGUUACAAAGUUGAGAGAAAACAAGCAUCUUCGCUCUCUCUAUUUAGACUUUACAGAAAGUAAUGAGGAUGCACCAAGCAGCGAGCAAGAAUGGAAAACAACACUGGAAGGCCUACAGCCGCACGCAAAUCUCAGAGACUUGACUUUAGAUAUGUAUGGUGGUGCCAAUUUACACAGCUUGCUUUUCCCGCUUAAAAAUCUAGUUGCGCUUGUCUUGGCCAACUGCUCGAAAUGCCAACAACUACCUUCAUUGGAUCAAUUUCACUCUCUGAAAAAAAUGGAACUUCAUCGCUUGCUUGCUCUGGAGGAUAUUACCAUUAACGAAGGUGAUAGCUUCUUUUCCACAUCAUCCCCUGUAUCGGUACUGCCAUCUCUCGAAACACUAAAACUAGAAGUGUUGCCCAAGUUUAGAGGGUGGUGGAGGUCGGACAUGGCGGCAGAGAAUCAAGUUGAGCAGGUUGUGUUCCCCUCAUUUCCUCGUCUCUCACAUUUGAGCAUCUACGGUUGCCCGAAGCUUACUUCCAUGCCAUGCUAUCCAAAUGUUGAGGGAGAAUUGACUUUGUCGGAUACUAGUGGGAAGCAUUUCGAACAAACAAUGUUAAUGAGGGUCCCAGAACCACAAAAGAUCUCGACGACGACGACGACGACAACAACAACAGAGGUGGAAAAUGUCAUCUAUCAUCCUCUCUCCAAAUUGACGUCUUUAACUCUGGAAAAUGUCGGGCAUCUACAAUAUUUGCCGGCCAAUCAGAUGAAAAGCCUUGCUUCUCUCAAGGCAUUACGGAUUCAGAACUGCCCUGAACUGAAGUAUCUAUCUCCAGGGAUCCAAAAUCUCACCUCACUUGAGUAUUUACGGAUAGACGGUUGUGAAGAGCUUCAACUAGUAGCAAAUGAUGACUACUCCGUUAAUGAGUGGCAAGGCCUUACAAGCCUACGCAGCUUGGAAUUUGCAAAUCUACCACAGCUUGUGACUCUCCCUGAAGGACUUCAAUUCCUUAGCACUCUGAAAGAUCUCACAAUUGAGGGAUGUCAAAAUUUUACGGGCCUUCCAGAUUGGAUUUGCAACUGGUGUUCACUUGAAAGUCUUCAUAUUCCGCAAAGCCCAACUUUCAAAUCAGUGCCUGGAUCAAUAAGUAGCCUCACCUCUUUACAAGAGUUAAUAAUAAACGACAAGGAGAUGAAUCCAAGAGAAAUACGAGGGGAUUUGGAUCUGAGCUCAUGUUCAACUUCAGGAUCAGAAUAAAGGAAAAUGUGGAAGAAGUCUUCAGAGUAUUGCAGUUGUACAACAAAUGAACAUCACUGUGUGCAAGAAUGUACCAUGGCCUUUCAAUCCACGAGAACUAGCCGGCUUCCCUCUCUAACGCUUUUACAACAAUGUGCAUUUUGAUUGUUGUGAAGCAUCACCAUUAUCGACUUCUCUCGUGGUUCCCACCACCUCUUCCUCUCCUUCCCUGCGACUAUUGCACGGCUGUUCCAGAGAAGAUCGUGGCUUCAAAUCACUUAAUUUCUAGAACUAUGGGGACUUCCUAGUUUAACAUCACUACCGCAAGCAAUACAUAAUCUCACCUCUUUAUAAACGCCGAUGAUCAAGGCUUGUCCCAUCUUAUUGCAAAGAUACUGACAAGAGAAAGAGGCGACCAUCGGCAUGGGAUUCUCACAUUCCUGCAAAAAUUGGAUUUCUAUCUGGUGGAGCAAAUGUGACCUUUCACAGUUCUUUCCUUUGUUUAAGAUUGUUCUGUAGCCCCAUCGUCAACUUCUUUCAAGCAGUUCCCUCAUCCUUUUCCUCUCCUCUUGCUGCGACCAUUUAGAAAUGUUUCAUAUUACAGAGUGGAACGCGACCAAAUCACUGUCUGAAGCAUGCAUUUUGGCGAGAAUGAAAAGGUGAAAUUGUGCAGCAACUAUGGGGAUUAACCAAAAAAAAAAAAAAAAAACACUUCGAUCACCACAGGACAAAGAUGAGUGGAUCAAAGAAUUGGAUACUCUAGGUUCAUUGAUGUUUGAGAAAUCAAAGCGGCUAGAGCUAAUCUCUUUGGCAUCUGAGAUAGGAAAGAUUCUCGCUAGGAGCUUCUAAUGUUGCUCAAUCUGGAGUGCAAUUUUCUUUAGCUGUCAAGGCUUUGUUAUCACUAUUGCAGCGAGAAAAGCUAAUGGAUGUUGGAGCUAUAUGGUUGAAUGUGAUUCGACAGAUUUUGCUCAUGUUUUCUCAUGAGGUUCCAUUCUUACCCAUUACACCCCUCUACAACUGGACAGGAUCAAACUAUUCCAUUAGAUUAAUAGUUGCGUUACGUAUAACAGCCUUGUUCGUGGACAAAGUGGGCCUUAUGGAGCAAUGGGAAGUGUUUAUGGUGUCACAAUAGCUCCCUGCCUUCCAAUUCCAGAGGUGCUUCAACGACGAGCCAGACGAUAAUUGUUGAGUUGCGCCCCAUUUAUUGGGCUGGAACAAUAAUUGGGCCAAAGUGUUUAAAACACACAAAAAAAAAAAAAAAAAAAAAAAAAAAAAGAAGAGAGGAAACAAGCUUGCUGGGCAAGCUUGUGUACGUGCAGCCAAAGAAAAGAAAACAAGGGACUGCCGUGAGUGGUAAUCAGCGGACCAGAGAAAGAGAAGGGACAGAGAAGGAGGAGUAGGGUUUUGAUGCUUGUGCAAGACGAUCGGGUGGUAAAACGUUGUUGGUUUAGACUUAAAUUUGACGUGGAGAAUCUUGCAACGAGCUCUUUUCAUCUACCAGACUUGAUUUCUCAUUUAGUCUCUCUUUGGUACUCUCUUAAGUACUCCUAUUUUGAUGAGACUUAAGUAUUUCUUUGAUGUUGUAAUCCAUCUUUGAUGAUGAUGUAUAUGUUGUUGGUGGGUUAAGAAUAGUGUUUCUUGAUGAUAUUAUUAUUGUGAGCCUCUAGUUUGUAUGUAGGGAGAAACUUUGAUAUAGUGGAAGUUUUAAGUGGCCUACAGGUCCCGUGGUUUUUA